GUGUAGUUUUAUUUUAGUCACGAUAUACAACAUUUUGUGGCAUAUUUGGAAAAAUAAUUGAAAUGGCUGCCGUUGAACGCAAGGGGACGUUCAAAGUUGAAUAUUUGCAACACAUAGAAAAAAAGGUUCAAGAAAAAUGGGAGCAUGAGAAAAUUUUCGAAAUUGAUGUGCCUGACGAUGGUAAAAGUUAUGAAAAGUUUAUGUGCACCUUCCCAUACCCAUACAUGAAUGGGCGCCUUCAUCUUGGACAUACAUUUUCUUUGUCAAAAUGCGAGUUUGCAGCUAGGUACCACAGAUUAAAAGGGCGCAAGGUUCUCUUCCCUUUUGGGUUUCAUUGCACCGGAAUGCCUAUCAAAGCUUGUGCAGACAAGCUGAAAAGAGAAAUGGAACUAUAUGGUUGUCCACCAGUUUUUCCAGAGGACGAGGAAGUUUCUGUCAAAGAUGAUGGGGACAUUAUUCCUAAAGAUAAAAGUAAAGGGAAAAAAAGUAAAGCUGUUGCAAAAACUGGCAAUGCAAAGUUUCAAUGGCAAAUCAUGAGAACUUUAGGUGUUCCAGAGGAGGAAAUCAAAAUGUUUGCAGAUGAAAACUACUGGCUGGAAUACUUCCCACCCCUAGCACUCAAUGACUUGAGGAGAAUGGGUAUACAUGUAGACUGGAGAAGAAAGUUUAUCACUACUGAUGCAAAUCCAUUUUAUGACUCCUUCAUAAGAUGGCAGUAUAACCACAUGAAAGACAGAAAUAAAGUUAUGUUCGGCAAGAGGUAUACAAUUUUCUCGCCAUUGGACAAGCAGCCAUGUAUGGACCACGACAGAAGUACUGGGGAAGGUGCAGGUCCACAGGAGUAUACCCUGGUUAAAAUGGAAGUUCUAAAACCUUUUCCUACAGUAUUAAAGACUUUUGAAGACAAAAUUGUGAGCUUAGUAGCAGCUACACUAAGACCUGAAACUAUGUACGGUCAGACUAACUGUUGGAUCCACCCUGACAUAAAGUAUAUAGCUUUUGAAACUGUUAAAGAUGGAGUGUUUUUAUGCACUAGGAGAGCUGCACGUAACAUGGCAUACCAAGGAUUCACUGAGAACGACGGAGAAUUUAAAAUACUUCUAGAGAUAUUAGGGCAAGACCUUCUCGGGAUUGGUUUGAAGUCGCCGUUCACAAGCUACGAAAAGAUUUACACACUUCCUAUGUUAACGAUUAAAGAAGAUAAAGGUACGGGUAUAGUGACCAGCGUACCGUCAGAUUCCCCCGACGACUACGCCGCGCUAGUGGACUUGCAGAAGAAACCAGCCUUCAGAGAAAAGUAUGGCAUCAAAGAUGAAAUGGUCCUACCGUUCAAGCCCGUUCCUAUUUUAGAAAUUCCGGAAUUCGGGAACCUCGCUGCCGUACACGUGUACAACAAGUUCAAAAUACAGAGUCAAAAUGAUAAGGAUAAGCUGAUUCAAGCUAAAGAACUGGUGUACCUCAAAGGCUUCUACGACGGCGUUUUGCUUGUCGGAGAGUUCAAAGGGAGCAAGAUACAGGACGUAAAAAAGAAGUUACAAACGAAAUUGAUACAGGAGGGAAGCGCUGUUGUAUAUUACGAGCCGGAGAAAACUAUUAUAUCUCGAUCCGGGGAUGAGUGUGUGGUUGCGCUAUGUAAUCAGUGGUACCUGCAGUACGGCGAGGAGAAGUGGAAAGCUCAGGCGGAAAGGGCCCUGGCCGGCAUCAAUACGUACCACGAUGAAGUGAGGAAAAACUUUGAAGCGACUCUUAAUUGGUUGCAUGAGUAUGCCUUCUCUAGGACAUAUGGACUUGGUACCAAAGUUCCAUGGGAUGAGCAGUGGGUUAUAGAAUCCCUGUCCGACUCGACGAUAUACAACGCGUACUACACGAUAUCGCACUUCCUCCAAGGCGGCACGUACAGGGGUAACAAGGAGAACAUGCUGAACAUAAAGCCCGAACAGAUGACACCCGAUGUAUGGGACUACAUAUUCUUUAAAGACGCGUCAGCCCCCAAGUCGACGAUACCUAAGAAAUCCCUCGACUUGAUGAAAAAGUCAUUUCAGUUUUGGUAUCCCGUGGACGUGCGCGUCUCCGGCAAGGAUUUGAUACAGAACCAUCUGACGUUCUACAUCUACAGCCACUGCGCUAUGUGGCCGAACGAGGAGGACAAAUGGCCGAAGGGCAUUCGAGCGAACGGCCAUCUCAUGUUGAACUCGGCUAAGAUGUCCAAGUCGGAGGGAAACUUUUUAACUCUCUCAGAGUGUAUAGACAAGUACAGCGCGGACGCCAUGCGGCUGGCCCUGGCCGAUUCCGGGGACUCGGUCGAAGACGCCAACUUCGUGGAGGUCACCGCCGACGCCGCCAUCUUGAGACUCUACACCUUCAUCGAGUGGGUCAAAGAGGUGCUGGCGAAUACAUCUGAACUUAGAAAAGGACCGUACAACUUUCACGACAAGGUGUUUGUGAGCGAGAUGAACACUAAGAUCCUGCAGACGGACGAGUACUACAACAGGAUGCUGUUCAAGGAGGCGCUGCGGACGGGCGUGUUCGAGCUGCAAGCCGCGCGGGACAAGUACCGGGAGCUGUGCUCGGAGGCGGGCAUGCACCACGAGCUGGUGCGCCGCUUCGUGGAGACGCAGGCCAAGCUCAUGUCGCCCGUCUGCCCGCACGUCGCCGAACACGUGUGGGAGCUGCUCGGACAUAAUACGAGCAUCCUCCACUCUGCGUGGCCGGUGGCGGGCGAGGUGGACGAGGCGGCGGUGAAGGCCAGCAACUACCUGAUGGAGGCGGCACACACCUUCAGGAUAUACCUCAAGAACCAGACCACCGUCAAGAAGUCCAAGAAGGGCGAAGUCACCAAGCCGGAGAAGUUCGACACGGGAAUCAUUUGGGUGGCGAAGGAGUACCCCAAGUGGCAACACAUCAUAUUGAGCAUGCUGAAGGAACUUAAUGGGCCAAACGGUCUUCCCGACAACAAGACAAUAUCGAGCAAGUUGGGCGGCAUUCCGGAGCUGAAGAAGUACACGAAGCGCGUGAUGCCGUUCGUGCAGGCGACGCGGGAGAGCCUCGAGCAGCACGGCGCCGACGCGCUGUCCGUCGCGCUGCCGUUUGACGAGGCGGCCGUGCUCACCGACAACAUGCCGUAUCUCCUCAACACCCUUGACCUAGACACUAUAACGGUGAAGUACACGGACGCUGCGGACGCGCCGGACAAGUCUCGCGAGGAGUGCGCGCCGGGCCGCCCGCACCUCACCCUGCUGGCGUCGCCGGCGCUAACGCUGGCGCUGGCCAACCCCGCCCCCCGCUCCGGCCUCUUCUCCGCUGCGGUGCGGGCCGCUAACGACGACACCGUCUCUAAACUCAAGGUCAAACUGGCCAAGGAAGUCAAGGCCGUCAAAGAGCUCAACAACGUGAAAAUCUGGCGCUACAAGGAUCCCGUGUUGGGGCCGCGCAAGAUCCCGGUCAUAGACGACUACCUGACCAAGUGCGAGCCGCUCCCCGACUCGGCCGUGUUUCAAAUAGACGUGGACAAUCAAAUUGUGCGCGCGGUGGAAGGCGGUAAAACCGUCGACGUCGGCUUACAGCUCUUGUACACAUACGAUGCUUAGUUUAUAUCGUUUAAUAAAUUAUUUAUUAACGUCAAA